AUGGCAGACAACAUAAUGAAAUCAUCUCAAGAAAAGAAGUUUGAUGCUAAUCUACCUUUACCACCUCCCCCCGAAUCUGCACAUCAUACAGUAAUGGUAACUGGUGCACAAGAUCAAGGCUACCUGCCUCCACCACCACCAAAAGAGUCAUUUUCCAAGUUCUAUGAGCAGCGGCAAGUGAAUGAGCUAAAAAGACUUUAUCGCCAUAUGCAUCCAGAGUUGAGGAAAAACUUAGAACAUGCUGUAACCCGAGACAUUAAUGAAUUAUUAAGCACAGAUGAGCCUAACCAACCAGCUUCAGUCAAUCUGGAUGCAGGAUUGCCAGUAGAGGUGCAAUCCAUGCGUUGGAUCUUUGAAAACUGGAAGCUGGAUACUAUCGGAGAACAUCAACGUAAUCGGAAAUUGACUGAAGAAGAGGAUGUACUUGGUGGAAAUGUCAGAAAUACAUCUCUGAUGUUUCAAGGUCAGACAUGUGUAGAUGAUAAGAGGUCCUCUGCUGUCAUACUUGGAACAGAUCAAAGAAAAGGUGAUGUGAAGACAGCCUUGUGGCUGUUUGAAACCCAGCCACUUGAUUCAUUGAACAAAAUAUAUCCCGAGGGUACAGAGGUUCAAGAGGCUGUCUUAAAAGACACAGUCGAAAAAGGUGAUGUGAAGGGCACCAAAAUGCUUUUUGAGACGCAAUCUCUAGAUGAAGUAGGCCGCUGCAACUCUGUAGAAGAAAACAGUAUCCUUCAGCUCAAAUCUGAAAUACAGGAGAUGAAGGGAGAUGUAAACAAAACUAUUAAACUGUUCCAGACUGAGCCUCUCUGCGCAAUCAGAGACAAAACAGGAAAUAUACAUGAAAUUAAAUCUGUUUGUAGAGAGGAAACACAGAGCAACAAUGUAAACACAGCAAGAUGGCUGUUUGAAACCCAACCAUUGGACAGUAUUCACAAGGAUACCUCUAAAGUGCAGAUUAUCAGAGGGAUUUCCUUGGAGGAGAUUGCGAAGGGUGGAGUGAAUGCAACAAAGUGGGUAUUUGAAACGCAACCCUUGGACACAAUAAAAGAGCACAUAGAAGAAGGAGUAUUUCAGGCAUCUGGAGACACAAUCCAAGAAGGGGAUAUCUCAAAGCACUGCAAUGUAUUUGAGCAGGAAUAUCUGGACUCCAUAAAUGGCAACGCUGACAUUAAAACUGCAACCAGAGAAGAAAUUGUUGCUGGCGAUGUGAAGUCUACAUUAUGGUUAUUUGAAACACAACCAAUGGAGACAAUCAAAGGAAGCUUGGAAGUUGGCCAGAUGAAAAAGGUUGAACUGUCAAGUGAAGAAAAGGGAGAUGUCAAACAAAGGAAACAUGUUUUUGAGACGUGUUCACUGGACAAAAUUUCUAACAAAGAAGAAUCUAGUGAACAGACUGAAGAAGACACAAAAGAUAUCGUUAAAGGGGAAGUGAAGUCAUUUAAAAAUCUUUUUGAAACACUUCCCCUGGAUAGCAUUAAAUCCACUCAGAGUGUUCAAGUCUCUAAUGAGGAAGAUAUAAGAGCAGGAAAUGUAAAGGCAACUCAGGCACUGUUUGAAAAUACACCACUGUAUGCUAUUGAAGACAGUUUAGGCAAUUAUCAUGAAGUUACAUCUGUCAGUCGGGAGCAAAUAGUAAGUGGUGAUGUUAAAAAUUACAAAUGGAUGUUUGAAACAAAACCACUGGAUCAAUUUAAUGACGGCACCCAAAAAGUUGACCUAAUUAAAGGUAUCACUAAGCAAGAGAUUGUGUCAGGUGAUGUAGGAACGGCCCGGUGGCUCUUUGAAACUCAGCCUGUUGAUGUCUUUUCAAAAGAUGAGCAAUGUGCUACCCAGAAAGAAGUCUUACAGAAAGGUGAUGUGAAGAAAUGCAGAUGGCUUUUUGAAACCCAACCCAUUGAUAUUUUGUACGAUAAAUCAGAGAAACCACAAAAGGAAGCUUUAGUUCAGGGUGAUGUUAAAUCCUACACUUGGAUGUUUGAAACGCAACCUUUAGAUUCCAUAAAAGACUCAGAAGAACAUUACAUUAAAGUGAGCAGUGCUUCUCAAAGUGAUUUAGAAUGUGUCAAUGUAAAAACAACCAAACAUUUGUUUGAGACUGAACCUUUAGACAGUAUUUCCGCUUCUAGGGAGUUCCCAAAAAUGAUUAGGUAUGCAAGUCGUGUUGAAAUCCAAACAGGUGAAGUUUCUAGAGUGAAGGAGAUUUUCGAAACAAUGCCACCUGAACAAGUUCCUUUAUGCAAAACAGAUAUUCCCACAGAAGAAAAUAUACAGGUUGGCUCUGUAAACAAAUUCACCUGGCUUUUCGAAAAUUGCCCAAUGGAUUCUAUACAAGACAACAAAAAUAGUUUUCAAGAACUGCCCCCUGAGAAAGAUACCCAAGGGGGUGAUGUUGGAGGGAAAAAAUUCAUCUUUGAAACCUUUUCUUUAGAUCAGAUCCAUCAGGAGUUUGAUGAGAAGGAAGUAAGUAAAGUGCAAGAAACUCUUACCAAAGCAGAUGUAAAAUCCUGUACCAUGCUUUUUGAAACCAAGCCACUAUAUGCUAUACAAGACAAAAGUGGUGAUUACCAUGAGGUGACAUCAGUAAAAAAAGAAGAGAUCCACAAAGGAGAUGUGAGAGGUGCAAAAUGGCUGUUUGAAACCAAACCUUUUGACAGGAUCAAUAAAGAUGAGGAGGUAUUUAUUAUCAGAGCUGUGACACAAGAAGAUAUUGAGAAGGGCUGUGUAAAGGCUGCACGAUGGAGAUUUGAGACAGAACCACUUGAUACCAUCACUGAUAUUGCAAAGCAUGCUGUAAGGACCGUUGAUGACAUUCAAAAAGGUGAUGUUCAAGUAAAUAAACAGCUUUUUGAAACAGAACAAGUGAGCCAGAAGAAGUAUGUCCGACUGGUUAGUGUUAGUGAUGUUCAGAAAGGAAAUGUCAGAACUUCUACAUGGCUCUUUGAAAACCAGCCUAUUGAUACCCUGAAGGGGGAAGAUCAAGAACAUCAGGGUAUAAUUAAAGUGCAAAGAGAAGAUAGCCAAAAGGGUGAUGUCAAGAGAUGCACUUGGUUAUUUGAGUCUCAACCUCUAGAUAGCCUGAAAGAUAUGGAAGAUACAGUUACUCCUCAGACCAUGGAAGUUAUUCCAAAAGCUAAUGUAAAAAGUACCACAUGGCUAUUUGAAAGUACGCCUAUUGACAAAAUUGACUUAAAAUAUUCAACUAGUACUCAACAAAGUGAAAUAAACAUAAAAGAUAGCCUUGAUGCAUUUCUUUCCUGCAAAAUCAUUCAAAAUAAAGGAAUUGUCAUAGAAAACAUCCACGGUGGGAAUGUGAAAAUGAUAAAAUAUCAGUUAUCAACACAAACUAAAGUGGAUAUCCAAAAAGAAGAAACUGUUGGGGGUAACCUUCAAAGGAUACUCUUACAGUUACUCCACAGAACUGAUGUUGAACCCCAUGGGCUCCUAGUUGAGGAAACCGAUAGCAGGCAUCUACAAAUUACCAAGUUAAAUAUGUUAAAUACAAUUCAGUCAAAAGAAGAAGACACAGCAUCUGUUAAAGAUGAUGUAGCUAAAGCCCUAAACAUAUUGCGCAAUGAAAAUGACUCUUACAAAACUGGCAUUAUAAUGGAAGAAUCAGAAAGGGGAUCUGUAAAAAUUAUCAUCUACUCUCUUUCAUCACAUUGUAAUUUUAAUAAGGCUGGUGAGGUUGUUGCGAAAGGGGAUGUCAAAUCCACUAUCGGUUCUCAACUUCUUUGUGGUCAGGACAGCAAACCAAAGCUUUCAGUGACACAUGAGCAAAAUGAGAAAGGAAGUGUUCAGUUAUACACAAGCUGUAUUGAGAAAGGUGAUCUGGGGUACUUAAAAAGUCUUCAAGCUGAGUCAGAAAUAGAUGCUCUUACAUUAUCUCAGAAAGAUUCCGUUAACCAAGAAACAACUUCCACUGAGCAACAAGGUACAGCAGUACAAAAAGAUAAUCAAAGCACCAGAAAUCCAGAAUGUGUAUAUAUUGCACCCACCCCUGUAUUCUAUGCUGUACAACCUCAGCAACAAUUGCAAAAAUGCAGAACAGUAGAUACUACUGAAGCUACUAACAACCAAAAGGCUACAACAGGGUGCAAACUAGAGAAACAAGACAUCACUCUGAAUAAUUCAAGAAAAAUCAGCUCUAUAGUGCAGAAAUCAACAGCCAUGGGGAAGGCUUGUGGAGAUAAGACUGAUCUUCAAGCUGCAUUGUUGGAUUUGCGCCAAGUUACGGCUGAAGCUACAAGUAUUCAAAAACAAGUUCAAUGCAAGAUUCAGAAAACCAACCAAGAAGUUCAACUUACAAAGCAGGAUGAAAAUACGGUUAAACCUGUUCAAGCAACAUUGCAUCAAGAAUGUGCAUCUGCAAAGCAUAUCAUAAGUGUAACAACUAAAGCUCAAGAAACACGGACAUCUUAUGCAAGUCUUCAGAAAUCUACCACCUCCACAAAAAAGGUCAGUGUUUCUCAGGAGGAGGAGGAGAAAGAGGCUGCACAGAGGAGUAGAGAGAUCUCUGUUGCAGGAGAUAACAGUUUUACAGAUAAUUCUGAGUCACCCAAACAAGUAAAAAAUUAUUUAAAUCCCUUUAUUGAUGAUGAAUAUACAACACAAUUAGAGCAAGAGGAAAGAGACCAAGAAAUUGUUAGAGGAGAUGUAAAGGCAGCAAUCAGAGCAUUACAGAAUGCUUCAACAGAACAAAAAGUAACAGAAAAGGAAGAAGUUGUAAAAGGUAAUUUAACAUCUGCCCUUCAGUCCCUCCAAAAAUCUAAUGUUAAUGUAUCAAAGGGUGACUUUAAAGCAGCUAUGAUAUACAGAAAUGCAGGCCAGUCUUAUGCUACUAGAAAAAAAAAGGACAAUGAACAGCAAAUUAAAAAUGAAACGUUCACUAAGUCAGUACAACCCUCUGACAUUGACUCUCCUCCUUCUUCAGCUGCUGUAACUGGACAAGAGAAGUGCCAACCAUCUAAUACAAGUAAUGCUGAUUCAACAAAAGAUGACUCUGAAAAGAUGAAUGAUCCAGUACCGAAGUUUCCUGGUCCUAUUACCCAAAAGGCAAGUGAAAACACAUCUGACAAGAAUGCGAAAACCUUUGAGGCAACACAAAGAAAAAAACCAGUGCCACCACCAAAGCCAAAACAUCUUCUCCCAGGUAAAUGCCCCCCUCCUCGUUACAGAGCUAAGGCUCCCAUGACUUCAACACCAGCUUCAUCUCCACCACCUACUAUUCCAACUGGUAACUGUUCCACAAUUUUAACAUGUCCAGGCAAUGAGUCCAAACAGGAAAAUGAGGUAUCCAAAAAAGAAAUAUUUUCCCACAAUACAGAUUUGAAAUUCAAUGAAAGGCAUAGAAUUACGACCAAAAGCCAAAUCUUUGAGGAUGAAUGUACAUCAAUGCCAAAAACUACAUUAGUCAGCAAUGAAAAAGCUUGUACAGCAGUACCAGGACAGUUAGAACCCAUUUCAGAAGAUAAAUCCACAAUCCACAAACCUAUAGAGAAUAAAGAUAAAGCACCAGACAAGACAAGUAUCACACUAACAGAAUCAAAAGACUGUUGUAAUCACAGUGAUACCAAAGGCGUUGUAAUGAGGGUAAAGAAAAGAAAAGAAACAGAAGAUGAAAAGCGCAAACGAUUAUCUAUCCAUAUGGAUGAAAUUAUGAAGGAUAAUGUCAAAGCAGCAACAGACAUUUUUGAAAACUUGAGAAAGCAAGAUGAACUUGAGAUGAUUUUGAAAAAAGUUGAAGAAUUGGAAGAAGAGACCAGUAAUGUAGAUGUGACGUCCGUAAGGGGUUUAUUUGAGACUGUUCCAGAUUGGAUCGCAAGCAGUAAAGAAAGAGCAACCCCACUUCUGAAGCAACAAGAAGGGCGCAAAGAUGAAAGCUUUGAAAUGCUAAAGGAUGAUACAGAAAGUGUCUCAUCAGUGGAACUUGCCUUUGAGGAUCUUGAAAGGGCAAGUGUUGAAAUUAAGUAUUUAAAAGAACAGACAUUAGCAAGGCUACUAGAUAUUGAGGAAACAGUUAAGAAGGCGCUAUAUUCUGUUUCAAGUUUAAAAUCAGAGUCUGACAUCGCAAGUCUUUCAAGCCUUUUCCGAGAAUCUCUUGAAACUUCAUCAAGUACAACCAACAAUAUUCGAAAAAUCAGCAUUGUUUCUAGUAAGUCAAAACCAGAAAAGACCACACAAUCAUUUGGACAAAAAUAUGUAGAUGCUGUGAACAGUCAAGAAGUAACGGAAAAUAAGAAAAGAGAGCUGGAGGUGAAUGCUGUUCCAAGUCGUCUGUCUCCUACAUCCCCAUCAUUUAUUAGCAUAGAAUCUACAGCCAGAAAGUCAUUGCAACAAAAUGGAAACUGUUCAUCCUCAACAACAAUUUCAAACAAAAAUGGUCAAGACUGCACAGACCCCUUUGUUCAGUUGAGUAUUUCAAAUGACAAUGGUCAAUGUCCCUCAGCUAGCCAUCUUGGCAUUCCAGCAGUUUAUGAGCCAAAUGCCAAAGUGAACAUUAACACACCAUCAAGUCCUGGCUCUCAACGCCAAAAAAGUGUUCUGGAAUUGAAAACUGGACCAGAAGGACCUAAAGUAAUUGGAACAACAAUAGUGACAGAAAAAUAUGAAGAAUCUGAUCAAUUUGGCAACAAAAUUAUAAGGUCUAAGACAUCUACAACAGUAACUAAACAAUCAGACGCACAGACUUCUUCGACGUAUGAAGUAGUAUCAGCUACUCCCCGGUAUGAGGUGACUGCCUCUCCUCUUCUUAGAAGGCAUGUAACGCCACCAGUGGAAAAUUCCAACAGCCAAGGAAAUGACACAGGUGUUGUGUUUGUUACUUUUGCCAACUCAAAACCAGCCAAAAAAUAAGACUUUAUUGGAGAGCCCAAGAACACAUUCUAAUUUUAUUCUGAACUGCUCUAGUCAUGAUAUACAAGACUGCAAUGGAUUGUAAUACCUUGUAAAUGUUAACUAAA